CUCCAACAGUCAAACCGGGAAAACGGCAACAUGUCAGAUCAAUCUGCUUUCGACACAGAUGUUUGGACGCUUACACGCUUUGUUAUGGAGUCGGGGAGACAGGCGAAGGGGGCAACUGGUGAACUGACCCAGCUUAUUAACUCCAUACUAACAGCUAUCAAAGCUAUUUCAUCUGCUGUGAGGAAAGCAGGACUCGCCCAUCUUCAGGGCAUUGCUGGACACAUAAACGUCACCGGUGAUGAGGUGAAGAAGCUGGACGUGCUGUCCAACGAUCUGGUUAUCAAUAUGCUGCAUGCUUCCUACGGCUCCUGCGUCCUUGUGUCUGAGGAGAACAAGGAAGCCAUUAUCACUCCUGCUGAGAAACGGGGUAAAUAUGUGGUGUGCUUUGAUCCACUGGAUGGAUCCUCAAACAUUGACUGCUUGGCGCCCAUAGGCACCAUCUUUGCCAUCUUCAAAAGGACUACAGAAGGUGAGCCGACCGAGAAAGACGCUCUUCAGCCAGGCAAUCAGAUGGUGUGUGCAGGUUAUGCACUGUAUGGCAGUGCCACUAUAGUGGCUCUUAGCACUGGAGAUGGACUCAAUUUCUUCAUGCUAGACCCAGCCAUAGGUGAAUUCAUACUGACGGAAAAAAAUGUACAGAUUAAGAAGAAGGGGAAGACCUAUAGCCUGAACGAAGGCUACGCCAAGUACUUUGAUCCUGCGGUGACAGAGUACUUAAAACACAAGAAAUUUCCAGAGGAUGGCGGCGCCCCAUAUGGUGCCAGGUAUGUUGGUUCCAUGGUUUCAGAUGUGCAUCGUACCAUCGCUUAUGGUGGAAUUUUCUUGUACCCUGCCAACGAGAAGAGCCCAAAAGGAAAGCUCCGGCUGCUGUACGAAUGUAACCCCAUCGCCUUCCUAAUUGAGCAGGCUGGAGGAAUAGCCACUACGGGCACACAGCGAAUCCUGGACGUGAAACCUGAGACUAUCCAUCAGAGGGUUCCUUUUGUGGUGGGAUCCAAAGAUGAUGUGGAGGAAUAUCUUACAUUUGUGAAGAAAUAUCAAAAAUAGAUUGUAUUUUAUUUCUGAUACAUGUCUACACAACUCCCAAUGGUCAGGUGAAAAAUGUAGUGUUUCUUCUAACGUUACAGUCAUAUAUUAGUGCAACAGAAAGUAUUUUUCCUGUAUUAAUUGUACAAUUCCAGCCAUUUAAGAAAAUAACUAUUCACUAAUCACUAAAAAACACUUCUAGUGUAAAGACAAUUUUUGACAAUAUGGAUUAAAUAAUUUAAUAAAGAGGGAAAUCAUGAAGUAGGUAAUCAAAUGUAUUAAUUUACCCUAUUUAAAUGAAGAAAUAAAUCACUGUAUAAUAAUAAACUGUAUACUAUAAAUACAUCACAAAUAACUGGUCAUAUGCCUAAAUAAAACAUUCAAUUUCUUGUAUUUAA